AUGGACGUAAUGAAUAAUAAUCCCCGACGAAAGUGGAAGCAACCUGAAGAACGGGUAGAUUCGCUGAUCCGGAUCAACAACAUGGAACUGUCGAACCUUCAGAAAUCGCCAUAUCGUCAACAACUCGGACAACCGAAAGCCGCUACACCAUCGCUAGGAUCACCGAACAAACGAGCAGCGAAAUGUAUCUUAAAAUUACGAGAGAGAUUAAAACGGCUCGAUGACAAGCGGUCGCCAAAACAAAAUAUACACAGUGUCAAAGUUGUAGCUACAGAGCAAUUGCAGCGACAACCUUACAGAGCAGGGACUUAUCUACAGCCUACAACGACUGAGUUAUCAUCGAUUGUCACGGAUACUGCGAUUGUCGAAACUUAUAAAGUGAACCCUAUCAGAUCGAGAUGUAAGAAGAAGAAGAAUACAUAUCUUCAAACUCAUAAACAAUGUCAGCUUGUAAAGGAACAGGAACGGCUUGCAGCCUGGCUUCGAAUGAAUCCCGAAACUGAUAUUAAAGAAAUCAGGCACGAUUUUCUUAAGAAAGACACUUUUAUGGGCAUCGGAUCACUUUGCUCUGUUGAAGUGAAUGCAAAAAUCCAGUCGGCGAUGCGAUGCCGAUCUUUAAGUGAACAGGAAAUUGGAUUUGGGAAAGAGUCUGUUCGCUCGUCGAUAGCAGCGGAGAUGUCGAGCGAGUCAAUCUUUGGUGACACCACUACCUGA